GAUACCCAAAAAUCCCAUCUCCAACCCCAAAAUCAAAAACAAACACUUCAAACCCUCCACGUUUGAUCCAAACAUAAUAUUUUUUUAUUUCCAUUGCUUUGAUUUGAUUCGCGAUUAUGGGAAUCGAAAUAAGCGGCGGCACGAUCAUUCCAGGAGGUUGGGGGGCCGCCGCCAUGGCUGUCGCGGCUAAGACAUGCGACGCAUGUAAAUCAUCGGCGGCAGCUAUCUUUUGUCGUACUGAUUGGGUCUUUUUAUGCUUGAAUUGUGAUUCCAAUUUCCAUUCCGGUCACGAAAGGGUGUCUAUGUGUGAAGUUUGCGAACAAGCUCCGGCGGCUGUCACUUGUAAAGCCGACGCGGCGGCUCUCUGUGUCACUUGCGACGCCGAUAUCCAUUCAGCGAACCCACUGGCUCGCCGUCACGAACGUGUACCCAUCGAACCUUUCUACGACUCCGCUGAUUCCAUCGUCAAAUCUUCCCCUUUUAGCUUCCUUGUGCCGACGACGGAUCAUAAUGGUACUAAUUGUAAACAAGAAAUUGAAUCUAACAAAGGGGAUUUUUUUUUCACAGAAAUGGAUCGGUUUAUCGAUUUCGGGUACCCGAAUUCAUCUCAACAUCUUCAUGAUGCCGCCAUGGAUAGCGUUGUUCCAGUUCAAACUCCAAAACCAGUCAUUCCACUGAUCAACGAUGGAAGCUGUUUCGAUACUUUCAGCUAUCAAACUCAAUCAUCUCUCAGUCAUAGCGUUUCAUCAUCGUCGCUUGAAGUAGGAACAGUUCCAGAUGGGAAUUACCACGCAACACAAGUGGGUGGUUCAAUCGAUCGAGAAGCUAGGGUUUUAAGGUACAAAGAGAAGAGAAAGAACAGGAAAUUCGAGAAGACAAUACGAUACGCUUCAAGAAAGGCUUACGCUGAAUCAAGACCAAGAAUCAAAGGUCGAUUUGCUAAAAGAACAGAAACCCACAACGAUGAUGUUGAUCACAUGUUCAAUAACUCUUCUUUUGCUGUUGGUCCUGCUGGUUUCAUGGCGGAAACAGACUAUGGUGUCGUUCCAUCGUUUUGAAUGUUGAUGUUUUAUGUUUGGUUGAAUCUGUAAUGUAUUAAAUUAUUUAAUCCAAUAUCCAGCAAAGUAGAAAUAACCUUAUGGCCAUUGAAAAUCAAGGAAGAUAGAUGCUUAGUUCUUCGAUUAAUCAUUAAAGUUUCUGCUGUAUAAAAAACAGUGUAUCGGUGGAGUUCGUCGUAUGUUUGCCAUGGUUGAUUUGCAGGAUUCCUGCAAGGGAGAUAUAUUAGUUUUCAUAAAAAUGUUUAUUUCAA